GACGGUAAUUUGUAUCGAAAGUCGAAAAACAUAUUCGAUCAAGAAGACAUAAGAAAUGUUUCUUGACAAGUUGUCGGCAGGUGGGAUCUUGUCGAGUCACUCUCUUACUUAAACUCUUUCUGGAGUGCUGCAUAAUCAUUUCAAUCGUCCUUCCAAUGGCGAAGAAACCAGUCAAGUAUUAUGUGGUGGACGCGUUCACAGACUCGGCUUUCAAGGGGAACCCAGCAGCGGUUUGCUUGCUGGAGGAAGAUAGAGACGACCAGUGGCUACAAGCUGUGGCCUUCGAGUUCAAUCUCUCCCAGACGUGCUACUUGACUCGAAUCAAUGACUCUCACUCAGCUCCUCGGUUCGGUCUCAGAUGGUUCUCGCCUACUAAUGAGGUUGAGCUUUGCGGUCAUGGAACAUUAGCUUCUUCACACACUCUCUUUAAGUCUGGUUUGAUAAGUUCCGACAUUAUUGAGUUUUCGACUCUGUCUGGAAUUUUAACAGCUAAGAAGGUUCUAGAUGUUAAGACAGCCAAUGGUGAAGCACAAGAGUCGUCCUAUUUCAUUGAACUGAACUUUCCUGCCGCCCCGUCUAAUGAAUUCAACUCUGAUGAGGUUUCGGUUAUCUCCAAGGCCUUGAACAGCUCUUGUAUUAUUGAUAUAAGGAGGGCAACUGUCACAGAUGAUCUACUUGUUGUGCUUCCAUCAGCAAAAGCGGUUGCAGAUUUACAGCCACAGCCUGAUGCAAUCAAAAAAUGUCCGGGGUCUAGGGGAGUGCUUGCAACAGCGAUUGCUCCUCCAGAGUCCGGUUAUGAUUUUUACAGUAGAUUCUUUGCCCCUAAACACGGUGUUAAUGAGGAUCCUGUUUGCGGGAGCGCACAUUGUGUCUUAGCAUCAUACUGGUGCAAAAAACUCGGAAAAUCUGAUGUUGUUGGAUACGUGGCAUCACGUCGAGGAGGAGUAGUAUGCAUUCAUCUAGACGAGCAGAAUCAAAGGGUGCUGCUGCGAGGGAAAGCGGUUACUGUCAUGGAAGGAACUGUUUUAGUUUGAAGUUAGAGUUAGUUUCAUUGUGCAAGUACAAAUAUUUGAACUAACGGUUUGUGGGAAAAAUAAAACCAUUGUAUUUCGAAUAGAUUUCAAAUUCGAUCUGUUGUGUUCGGUAAUCCUGCAUGUUUCUUUAAAAAAUCUGUGUUCUGAUUUAUGAUAAGUUGGUGAGACUUUGGACUUGGUUCCAAACGAACAGAAUCAAGCAAGCUGUAUGCGAAACUUUCUAUUUCAAGGUGUAGUUCCUUCAA